GCCAGGCUGCUGCGCCCACUCCGUAUCUGUGGAAGACUGGUCCAUGGGGCCGAUGCAUGGGAGAUGAAUGUGGCCCAGGAGGCAUUCAAACCCGGGCUGUGUGGUGUGCUCAUGUGGAAGGCUGGACAACGUUGCAUACAAACUGUAAACAGGCUGAGAGACCCAGUAAUCAGCAAAACUGUUUCAAAGUGUGUGACUGGCACAAGGAGUUGUAUGAUUGGAGGCUGGGACCCUGGAAUCAGUGUCGGCCUGUGAUUUCCAAGAGCCUGGAGAAACCCCUUGAGUGCAUUAAGGGGGAGGAAGGCAUUCAGGUGAGAGAGAUAACGUGCAUCCAGAAGGAGAAAGACAUUCUGGCCGAGGACAUCAUUUGUGAGUACUUCGAGCCCAAACCUCUCCUGGAACAGGCCUGUCUCAUCCCCUGCCAGCAAGAUUGCAUUGUGUCUGAGUUUUCUGCCUGGUCAGAAUGCUCCAAGACGUGUGGCAGUGGGCUCCAGCACCGGACACGUCAUGUGGUAGCACCCCCCCAGUUUGGAGGUUCCGGCUGCCCGAACUUGACGGAGUUUCAGGUGUGCCAGUCCAGCCCGUGUGAAGAUGAAGAGAGCUUGUACAGCUUGCACGUGGGGCCCUGGAGCUCAUGCUCAAUGCCUCACUCAAGACAAGUAAGACAGGCAAGGAGACGUGGGAAGAAUAAAGAACGGGAAAAGGACCGAGGAAAAGGAGUGAAGGAUCCAGAAGCCCGUGAACUUAUUAAGAAAAAAAGAAACAGAAACAGACAGAACCGACAAGAGAACAAAUAUUGGGACAUUCAGAUUGGAUAUCAGACCAGAGAGGUUACGUGUACUAACAAGACGGGGAAGGCUGCCGAUCUGAGUUUCUGCGGACAAGAGAAGCUGCCAAUGACCUUCCAGUCCUGUGUGAUUACCAAAGAGUGCCAGGUGUCAGAGUGGUCAGAAUGGAGUCCCUGCUCCAGCUUGUGCCACGACGCGGCGUCCCCGAAAGGCACUCGUGUCAGGACACGGGUCAUUAGGCAGUUUCCUAUUGGCAGCGAGAAGGAGUGUCCAGAACUCGAAGAAAGAGAACCAUGUGCGUCUCCAGGAGACACAGUUGUCCCCUGCGCCACGUAUGGCUGGAGAACUACGGAGUGGUCUGAGUGCCGAGUGGAUCCUUUGCUCAGCCAGCAGGACAAGAGGCGGGGCAACCAGACGGCCCUUUGCGGAGGAGGGGUCCAGACACGAGAGGUAUACUGCGUGCAGACCAAUGAAAACCUCCUCUCGCACUUAAACAACCACAAGGACAGAGAAGCCUCAAAACCAGUGGACUUGAAAUCAUGCACUGGCCCUGUCCCUAAUACUACACAGCUGUGCCACAUUCCCUGUCCUAUUGAAUGUGAGGUGUCACCUUGGUCAGCUUGGGGACCUUGUACUUAUGAAAACUGUAAUGACCAGCAAGGCAAAAAAGGUUUCAAACUGAGGAAGCGGCGUAUUACCAGUGAGCCCACUGGAGGCUCUGGAGGCACUGGGAACUGCCCUCACUUACGGGAAGCCAUUCCCUGCGAAGAGCCAUCCUGCUACCAGUGGAAAGCAGUGAGGCUCGGAGACUGCGAACCAGACAACGGAAAGGAGUGUGGCCCAGGCACUCAAGUUCAGGAGGUUGUUUGCAUCAACAGUGACGGAGAAGAAGUUGACAGACAGCUGUGUAGAGAUGCCAUCUUCCCCAUCCCUGUGGCCUGCUAUGCCCCGUGCCCAAAGGACUGUGUGCUCAGCAUGUGGUCUGCGUGGUCCUCCUGCUCACACACCUGCUCCGGGAAAACCACCGAAGGGAGACAGAUACGAGCACGAUCCAUUCUGGCCGCCGGUGAUGAAGGUGGAGUUCACUGUCCAAAUAGCAGUGCUCUGCAGGAGGUGCGCAGCUGUAACGAGCAUCCCUGUACUGUGUACCAUUGGCAGACUGGCCCCUGGGGCCAGUGCAUCGAGGACACUUCGGUAUCAUCCUUCAACACAACUACAACCUGGAACGGGGAGGCCUCUUGCUCCGUUGGCAUGCAGACCAGAAAAGUCAUCUGUGUGCGGGUCAAUGUGGGCCAAGUGGGACCCAAAAAGUGCCCUGAAAGUCUUCGACCUGAAACGGUGAGACCCUGUCUGCUUCCUUGUAGGAAGGACUGUAUUGUGACACCAUAUAGUGACUGGACAUCGUGCCCCUCCUCAUGUAAAGAAGGGGACUCCGGAGUUAAGAAGCAGGCUCGGCACCGCGUCAUCAUUCAGCUGCCAGCCAAUGGAGGCAGGGACUGCCCGGACCCGCUCUAUGAGGAGAGAGCCUGUGAGGCCCCUCAAGUGUGCCAGAGCUACAGGUGGAAGACUCACAAAUGGCGCAGGUGCCAGUUAGUCCCUUGGAGUGUGCAGCAGGACAGCCCGGGAGUGCAGGAAGGCUGCGGGCCCGGACGACAGGCAAGAGCUAUAACUUGUCGAAAGCAAGAUGGAGGACAGGCUGGCAUCCACGAAUGCCUCUGGUUCGCAGGCCCAGUGCCAGCCCUCACCCAGGCCUGCCAGGUCCCGUGCCAAGAUGACUGUCAGUUUACCAGCUGGUCCAAGUUUUCCUCAUGCAAUGGAGACUGUGGUGCAGUUAGGACCAGAAAGCGUGCUAUUGUCGGAAAAAGUAAGAAGAAGGAAAAAUGUAAAAAUUCUCAUUUGUACCCCCUCAUUGAGACUCAGUACUGUCCCUGUGACAAGUAUAACGCGCAGCCAGUGGGGAACUGGUCAGACUGCAUUUUACCGGAGGGGAAAGUGGAAGCGUUGCUGGGAAUGAAAGCCCAAGGUGAUAUCAAGGAAUGUGGUCAAGGAUACCGUUACCAAGCCAUGGCAUGCUACGACCAAAAUGGCAGGCUCGUGGAAACGUCCAGAUGUAACAGCCACGGCUACAUCGAAGAGGCCUGCAUCAUCCCCUGUCCGUCCGACUGCAAGCUCAGUGAGUGGUCCAACUGGUCCCGCUGCAGCAAGUCCUGUGGGAGCGGCGUGAAGGUUCGCUCUAAGUGGUUGCGUGAAAAACCGUAUAAUGGAGGGAGGCCUUGCCCCAAACUGGACCAUGUGAACCAGGCACAGGUGUACGAGGUCGUUCCUUGCCACAGUCACUGCAACCAGUACGUUUGGGUCACAGAGCCAUGGAGCAUCUGCAAGGUGACCUUCGUCAACAUGCGAGAUAACUGUGGAGAGGGUGUGCAAACUCGAAAAGUGAGAUGCAUGCAGAACACGGCAGAUGGUCCCUCUGAGCAUGUAGAAGAUUACCUCUGUGAUCCAGAAGAGAUGCCCCUGGGCUCUAGGGAGUGUAAAUUACCAUGUCCUGAGGAUUGUGUGAUAUCUGAAUGGGGUCCUUGGACCCGAUGUACUUUGCCUUGCAAUCAGAGCAGUUUCCGGCAAAGGUCAGCUGAUCCCAUCAGACAACCUGCUGAGGAAGGGAGAGCCUGCCCUAAUGCUGUCGAGAAGGAGCCCUGUAACCUAAACAAAAACUGCUUCCACUAUGAUUAUAAUGUAACAGACUGGAGCACGUGUCAGCUGAGUGAGAAGGCAGUUUGUGGAAACGGCUUUAAAACAAGGAUGUUGGAUUGUGUUCGAAGUGAUGGCAAGUCAGUUGACCUGAAAUAUUGUGAAGAGCUUGGCCUGGAGAAGACCUGGCAGAUGAACACCUCCUGCAUGGUGGAGUGUCCUAUAAACUGUCAGCUUUCCGACUGGUCUCCGUGGUCAGAAUGUUCUCAAACAUGUGGCCUCACAGGAAAAAUGAUCCGAAGACGAACAGUGACUCAGCCCUUCCAGGGUGAUGGACGGCCCUGCCCUGCCCUGAUGGAGCAGUCCAAGCCUUGCCCAGUGAAGCCCUGUUAUCAAUGGCAAUAUGGCCAGUGGUCUCCAUGCCAAGUACAGGAUGCCCAGUGUGGUGAAGGGACCAGAACAAGGAACAUUUCUUGUGUCGUGACUGAUGGGUCGGCUGAUGAUUUCAGCAAAGUGGUGGAUGAAGAAUUCUGUGCUGACAUCGAACCCAUUAUAGAUGGCAAUAAAAAAAUGGUUCUCGAGGAGACCUGCACCCAGCCUUGCCCAGGAGACUGUUAUCUGAAGGACUGGUCUUCGUGGAGCCUGUGCCAGCUAACGUGCGUGAAUGGGGAGGACCUAGGCUUCGGUGGAGUACAGGUCCGUUCCAGAGCUGUGAUCAUACAAGAACUAGAAAACCAACAUCUAUGCCCGGAGCAAAUGUUAGAAACAAAACCAUGUGAUGAUGGACAGUGUUAUGAAUAUAAAUGGAUGGCCAGUGCUUGGAAAGGUUCUUCCCGAACAGUCUGGUGUCAAAGGUCAGAUGGUGUAAAUGUAACAGGGGGCUGCUUGGUGGUCCGCCAGCCUGAUGCUGACAGGUCUUGUAACCCACCAUGUGGUCAACCCCACUCUUACUGUAGUGAGAUGAGGACAUGCAGUUGUGAAGAAGGGUACACUGAAGUCAUGUCUUCCAAUGGCACACUUGAGCAAUGCACCCUGAUCCCCGUGGUGGUGAUGCCCACUGUGGAGGACAAAAGAGGAGACGUGAAAACCAGUCGGGCAGUACAUCCAACCCAAUCCUCCAGUAACCCAACAGGACGGGGAAGGACCUGGUUUCUACAGCCAUUUGGGCCAGCAAAAAGCCAAAGAAACCCCAAAGAAGGCAAAACAACCGACUGAAACCUUUAACCUUAGCCUAUGAUGGAGAUGCAGACAUGUAAAAUGUAACUUACCCUGGCACCAACCAGUUUCAAAUUUCUGACUGUGCAGUAGUCAUCCAAAACCCACACAACUCUUCAUCCUGUGGGAACUAAAAUGCACUGUAACUUUUUAAAAGAGCAUCAAAGAAAGGAGUGAAAAGUCACAGUGCUAUUGGAGAUAUCAAGACAGUACCACUUACAAAAAAAAAAAAAAAAAAGAAAAGAAAAAGCAGCCCUGAGAAUUCUAGGAGUUUUAGUUGAAUACAUGCUGCAUUCUAAGUUUUCUGUGAUCUUUGCUGAAAUCUACCUACUGACAAUUCACUUUUAUCCCCCAAAAUAUGGUUGUGAAAUUGUUCAGUUAGGAUGCCUGAUGUGAGCCUCUGAUGGCAGGGUUAGCCCAUAAAACCAUUUUAGCAUGAGGAGCUUAUACCAAGAUUUCUACAAUAUACUAUAGUCCAGCACAGCAACAUGUACACUCAACUGAAGAAUACACAUUACUAAGUCAGACUACGUUAAUAAGCAAUUUUAAUGGUGAAUAAAAGAGAAGCUUUAAGCUGAGCAGAACACCCACUGAAUAAGUACGGCAUCUUGGUCAUUGAUGGUAGCUUUCAUUAACCCGCAUUUCAGAGGCAAAAGACUCUUUUAUAAGAAUUAAUUCUGGUCUUUCUCCAAAAUACGAAUGCUGGACAUGUACUAGUAUCUUAGAAAAAACAAAGUCCUCAAGUUCGGUAUUUUAUAGUGGUUCUUGUCUGGAAAACUAAUUUGCUUGCGUUAAUAUAUUUCUACUUUCCCUAAUUUUCAAACUGGUUGCCUGCAUCUCUUUUGCUAUAUGGAAGGCACAUUUUUGCACUAUAUUAGUGCAGCAUGAUAGGCCCUUAACCAGUAUUGCCAUGGAAACUGCCUCUUUUCGUAUGGGAUGAAGACAUCUGUGCUCAGAGUGUCAUGGAGACAUUUCCAAGUUCUUGUAUUCUGAAGAGUACAAAGUAGUUUGGAUGGCGACCGGAUGGAAUUCGCUAUUGCAUCUACUGUACACACCCCUCCUCACCGCUGCAGCCAUCGUGAAAUCAACAUCAUGGCAGGGAUUUAAGUGUUCAAAUCCCGGACUCACUAACCUUUCAAGAGAUGGAACCCUCUAGUUGGUUUUUAAUUGUACUUUGAAGGCUGUUUAUGACUAGAUUUUUAUAUUUGUUAUCUUUGUUAAAAAAAGAAAAGAAAAGAAAAAAAGGAGCUGGUUGUCAUUUUAAUUUUGAGCAGUUGGAGAAAAUAAGGUCUUGAUAAUUUUUUAACCAGAAGAAAUCAAAAUUGUACGAUGAUUUUUCUUUUUCCCUCAUUCACAUUCCUUUCACAUCAAAUGUUCCAUGGUUUUGUCUUUCUUCGUAGUAAAAUUUCAAGGAGUCUUUGUAUGAUUUCAAAAACUAAAAUUUUCACAAGGGAAUAAAUAUUUUGCCCAGGAUUUUGUUCAAUAUCUAGACCAAGGGUUGCAAACUUUUUCCUGCAAAGGGCCAGAUAGUAUAAAUUUUCAGCCAAGUCUUUGUCACAACCUUUCAAUUCUGUCAUCAGGAAAACGCAGGUAUAAACGAUACACAGCACAUGAAAAAAUGAACAUGGCAGUUUUACAAUAAACCUUCCAUUAUAAAGACAGCCAUCAGGCCACAUUUACAGGUUGUGGUUUGCUCACCACUGGUCUAGAAGGUUUUUUUCAGUGUUUACCUCUUGAUUCUGUCAUCUCCUGUUUUCAUUCAUUUACCUUAGAAUAUGAGCACUGUUUAAUUUCAAAGGUGAAAAAGAGUCAUUAAACAUCCUCACUGUUUUGGAAGUAGAUACAUUUUUAACAGAUGUCGCUCUGGGAAUGGCACAGUGAAAUACUGAUUUGGCAACUUCUUGUGUAUGAAAAGAAAAUUUAAAAGGUGCCAUUAAAAAGCAAUUCCAUUUUUCAGGCAACAUUUACUGCAACAACCUUUGGUAGAGGGGAGGACAUUAGGUUUUCAGGUCUUAUAAAAAUAGUAUAAUAAGCUAUUUUAUCUUAAACAUAGCUGUGUUGCUAUAAAAAUUUAGACUAGGUAUUUUACCUUCAUAGUAGAGUUAGAGCUCCCCCUGCUGUUCAUUUGAGUAUUUGCAAAGAUCACAAAUUGGUUGCCUCCAAAAUGAACAAAUUUCUACUUAUUUCAAUAAGAAUUAAAUGUAGAAAGCACUAAUUCCUUCUUCAACAUUUAUUGUUUUGGGCAAAGCAAAUCAUUUAAAAGCAAACAGGUGGUCACAAAGAUGAGAAUUUUGCUUUAAAUCAAGGAUUUUUAAAAAAGCAUAUUCCAUUACAUCUGUCUUAUUGAAGAAGAAGAACGAAAAUAGGAUUGUUCUAAAACUGUGAUCAUCAGUGUAUGCACUCAGGGGUCUUCCAGAUAAUCCUCAAGUUGAUCUCUUUGAAUAAAAUGAACUUCAUUUGUCCAAAAUGGUUGAGAAAGAAUCUACUGCAAUUACUUGAAGAAUUUAGCAAACAGCCUUAUAAAACACGUGCAACACCUCCUAACUUUGAAAUUAUUGAAUAGAAUAAAAUCAUUGUUACAAAAGCUAUAUUUCUGCUACUGUGAAACGUCAUCAAUUCAGAAGGCUGAUCAGUAUCAUCUAACCCAUAUUGUAAAAAUUAAUGAAUUGAUCAAAAUUGUAAAAUUUUAUGAAAGUACAUUAUUUUAUUCAUAAAUUAGUUACAUUUUACAACACUACAUAGAUGAAGGAGGCUAGGUUCAAUGUGACCUAAUACUAGGGAACAUAUUGGAAGUUCCCUGCUAGAGUAAAUAUUGGGUGGUCUCGGGCUAGAAAGACUGAAGGAAGGACACGUAACCUGCUGGCGAUUUUGGACAAAUGAAGGUUACUAUAUUCAUGUUUAGAACAUGAAAAUAGCCUUAGUUCUGUUCCUGGCAUGAGGCAAUAAUGAGUUAAGUACAUUACUGGAAUUUCAUGAAAAUUUUAUUCCUCCUGUUCAAUUCUGACAAUUCAGGAGGGGAAUUAUAGUAACUAGUCCGUUGACACAUUUGCCUUACCAAAAUGGCCUGUGAGCCCAAAAAAAGAUUUAGAACUACUGCUGUGUAAAGAAGGUCUGUUUUGGUUUAAAAAAAAAAAAAAAAGAAAGAAAAAGAAAAGAAAAAAAGAAUGACACAGUAUUCUACUCUUCUGCUGGACUGCUUCAGCAGAAGCCACACAGAAUUGGCACAGCUGAUGUCUCUUGAAAGGGGUUGCUUUUCUUCUUUAUCAGCACCUGAUCUAGGAUAUGGGCCAGAAUUCUUACUUGAAAGCCUUUUGGAGGACACUACAGUGUAGCUCCAAGCUAAUUUGGAAAGGAGUACGUAAAAGCAUGUUCUUAAUUGUAACAAAGCACAAAUUACUUUUAACAAGACAAGUAUUUCUUGAAUUAUCACAUGUAAGAUACUCUGCUAGGCUCUGUAAACCCAUUAGUCAUGGCUCCGGUAUCUAUGACACUCAAAAGAAGGAAAAACGUUUAUUGAGUGAAGUCGUCACUUAUAUCACCCUUUACUCUGGAUUUGUUUCCAGCGUGGAUUUUUCCUUAUGGAAUGUCUAGGUCUCAGGCCAUGCUGUCAGGCUUUUGCUGUAACCCUCCUGUGCCCUCAGGUAGGUGGCAAUGCUUGCUAUGACUUAAUCAGAACCUUGUUAAGUUCCUGAAUAUUCCGAGAUAAAGCCACUUAUGCAGAACUUCUUACAGGCAGUAACAUCUCUCAGUUUUUUGUUUGUUUCUGGGGGUUUUUUUGGUAUGGUGUUUUUGUUUUUGUUUUUGUUUUUACCUCCUUUAAAUCCCUAUACCCAUUGCUCCUUUACUAUGGUUUUCUCUGAUGUCUCUGCUCUCUCAUUAACAACUAAUGUUAGAAAAGGUGAAGUUCUAUAUUUCCUAUCUCUUAGAGGCCAAGUGUCACUUAGUGUGUGAAUAUCUUGAUUUAAACAAAAAGGAGAUGUAGAAGACAUGCCCCCUCAAUUAAAAAAAAAAAGACUUUCUGUAAAAAUAUCAAUUAAGCAUGACCCAGCUUUCUCUUACCUUCUCCUCCUCGCCUCUGUGUUCAUGUCCCACCCUGUUAAGAGAGGAAGGCAGGGCUGUACCUUACACGGAGGAGAGCCUUGUAAGAAUCAUGCUUCCAAACUCACCGGAGAUGUAGUUGUCUAAGUAUCACCAAAUUCAAAUGGGUUUCUUGUUCUACUUCCCACUAAGGCUGAGAGUGCUGAAAGGAGCCAGACAGGAACGAGUUGGUGAAGAAUCUGGUCAGAAAGUGAGCUUUCCUAGAUCUAGUUUACACCUGAGAACAAAACCUCUGCUGCCUGUCCCGCCUAGUUCUAUCUUGGGGUGGCCGUGACUACAGAAGAGGAUUUCGGGGUCUUCAUCUGGAGUGUGGGACUACCAAACCGGACUCUUUCCAAAAACGAUGUUUUGUAGUGUGAUUAUGGUAAUUCUGUGUCUAGCAGGGACACUGAAAAUGGUUAUGUCUACAUUACUGAGUAAAAUAAAUGCUCAGUGAAUAGACUUCACUUCGUAGUUUGAGGUUUUCACGAUUCUCCCAAGCCAGGUCUGAAAACGAGCAGCAUACGACCACUUAUAGUUUGUGGCAGUCAUGUUUUCAGCAAUCAAAAUCUCUAGUCUGUUUAGAAUAUAAAAUGUCAGUCUUGUGUUUUAGGCUUUUUUUUUUCCUUAAAAGCAAUAGUUUCUAGAGCAUCUACUUUGAACCUUCAAUGAAAUUUUCACAACUAUUUUUCAGCAGUCUAUGUGUAUUUGUUUUCAACAAGUCAACAUUAAGAUCUCCUCUCUGGUACUUUUUCCUGCCUAUUUGUAGCACAGAGAUUUGAAGAGCUCAGUAUCUGUCGUUGUAAAAUACAACUUUAUUAAAUUUGCAGUAUGUCUUUAUAUAAAUUAUAAUCCCCUAAAUGUUUUUUGUUAAUUUAAUUACCUGAAUAUUUAUUUUGUUUAAAUAAGGCAGCUGUCUAAGAAGUUUUUGUUAAUAUUACUUUGUAAAUUGUGUAAUGUAAUUUAUUUUAAAUUAUGUACAUUUCUUUUUUAAUGCACAAAAUGUCUAUGUACAAUUAACUGCAGAUUUGAAAUAAUGUCACUAAGCUUUAUUCAGUUAACACAGAUGGCAUGUGAAGAUGUAAUAUGCUUUUUUACAUUUUCAUAUGGGUUAUUUGUAAAUAACUAUGUUGCUGACAAACAUAAACAUGGAAAUCAUUUUCAUUCUA